AAUCAUGAUCAUCGCCAUAUAAAUGAUCAGAAGCUGUUGUAUCUGACGCUAUGGUCUCCAAAACAGAGGCAAAUAUGGCUUCGCUGCUACCAUACGGCGACGUUGAUUUCAGCCUGAGGGCAAUGGCGGGUCGCGCUGAGGGAUUUGGUUGCAACUCCAUCGGUGGCCUCCACGGCCCUCUCUAUUUCGUCACCACCGUCGCUGAUGAUGGUCCUGGAUCCCUUCGGGAUGGAUGUCGUAGAAAAGAGCCACUCUGGAUUGUUUUUGAAGUAUCAGGUACCAUUCAUCUUUCAUCAUACUUGAAUGUAUCAUCUUACAAGACAAUAGAUGGCCGAGGCCAGAGUAUAAAGCUCACAGGAAAGGGCUUAAGGCUGAAAGAAUGUGAGCAUAUAAUCAUAUGCAACCUUCAGUUUGAAGGAGGUAGGGGUCAUGAUGUUGAUGGCAUUCAAAUAAAACCAAACUCUAGGCACAUAUGGAUAGAUCGCUGCAGUCUUCGUGAUUAUGAUGAUGGGCUUAUAGACAUUACAAGACAAAGCACAGAUAUUACUGUAUCGAGAUGUUACUUUGCCCAGCAUGAUAAGACCAUGCUCAUUGGAGCUGACCCAUCUCACAUUGGCGAUAGAUGCAUACGGGUGACAAUUCAUCACUGUUUCUUUGACGGGACACGACAAAGACAACCUCGUGUUAGAUUUGGAAAAAUCCAUCUGUACAACAACUACACCAGAAACUGGGGUUUAUAUGCUGUUUGUGCUAGUGUUGAGUCCCAGAUAUACUCUCAGUGCAACAUUUAUGAAGCAGGAACUAAGAAAAAGACCUUUGAAUUCUAUACGGAGAAGGCUGCAGAUAAGGAAGAGCAGAAAUCUGGCACCAUAAUAUCUGAAGGAGACAUAUUUCUGAAUGGUGCGGAAUCAUGCUUACAAACACAACACACAGAAGGAAGCAUUUUCCACCCUUCUGAAUAUUAUACAACUUGGACUAUGGAAGCACCCUCACAUUCUUUUAAAGGUGUUCUCCAGAUAUGUGCAGGUUGGCAAUCUGUUUGUCGGCCGGCAGAAGUCUCUUCUUGUUUGAAUUAGAAUGCCUUGCAGGAUUUCACCUUCUGGUUUGUUCAGUCGUCAUUAACACACAAUAAGUAAAACUAGAGUGAAUCCUGUGUACUUAUACAGAACUUGAGAUGAGCUGCACCAAUUAUAAUUUGUGAAUAAUGCAGCUCUAUAUACUUUUAAUUUAUUAUAUUGGUUUGUAAUUAAGGAUUUUUCAUUUUUCUAACAGUUUAGUAUUGGCACCACUAUUUUGUUCUGUAAACUUCGGCCAAAUUUGCGGGUUUGUAGCCAUAAUUUUGGUUGUGCCUGUAUCAAGAAUGAUUCUUUUUAUUGUAAGUAGCCGUCUAAGUCAGAAUAUAUAACCAAAAUCGCAUAA